UCUUUUCAGUUUUUAAUGUUUGUAUUUGAAGGUGAAUUUCUUUUUAUUUUAUCUUAUUUUAUAAGUAUUGUGGAAGAAACAUUUGAGCAUGGGUACUCAUUUGAAAUAUUUUUAAAAUUGUGCGGCGUCAUUUGAAUACUUUAAAAAAAAUUAUGUAAUUAUCUUUAUAUAUGGAAACGAAGUGAUAUUUGUGUGAUGAUUGUAAAUUCUGUGAGCAUAAGUAGAAUUUAUCAGGAAAUUUGGAUGUUUAGUAAUUAAUUAUAAUGAUUUAUAGCUUUUUUUGUACUUUCAGUUCAAAAUGGAAAAAAUAAUUCAUUCUUGGUUUUCUUUAUUUCUUCUAGUCAUUUGCAAAAGGGUGGUAGGUGCAUUGAAAAAAAAAUGAAAGUAGAUAAUCUAUAUAACUAAGAGUUCUAAUCUUUGUUAGAUUGUCGAUUUGCUCUUGCAAGGUCUAAGCUUCAAGUACUCAUGACCACCUGCACAGUAAACUGCUUUUUUUUUUUUAAAUUCUUCCAGGAGAUUGUAUGGUUUGGGGUCUUAGAUUAGAACUCAAGUUUGGUUAGUGGAUUGGUUCAAGAUUAUAAAAAUAUAACAGUAUCAUUCUAUUUGGUAAAUAGAAUUCCAUGAAUUGGACAUUGGGUAAACACUUGCUGGGUUAUUGGUAUUUAGGUUAUUUUUGAAGUUAGAUUUCCAGCUGAAUGACUAUGCGUGAAGUAUCUUUUUAGUAUUAAUCAGUUGAGUUUGGAUAGGGAUAGUUUGUUGACUAAAUUUUGUGUUGGUAUGAUUGAUGUUACUGGCACUUUUUGCCUGAGAUUCCAGUUUCAUCUGUGCUAUAUGCACUCCACAGCUGGUUGCUGUUUCGUUAAACUUAGCUGGCUAGCCUAUUGAAAGGUUUUCAUGGCUAGCAAUGGCCUGCCAUCUCUGGGUCGUGUAAAGCUCACAGAUCUAAUACCAUCUGAAGGCCUUCCUUCUGACUCCUACAAGCUAUCUGUCUCAACUUUAUCACAAUCAUUUGCUCAGUUUUCUGCUGCCAUCAUUCAAUUUCCAGCUAGUGAUGGGCCUCUCUUGAGAUCUUGUUUAGAUUCUGCUCGUCUCUACUUCCAUCAAAGGGCGCCAUACCCAGCGGCAGAGGUGAUCCAUACAAAUGAUUCCCGUGAGUGGUGUAAGACAUCUGGUUACUAUGCUGAUCCUCAGCAGUGGCAUGAAACAUAUGAUUACAGGCCUGGCCUGACUCCUUCCGAAGCUAGCAACUCAUUGGAAUUUCCUCCAGCUGGUUUGCCAGACCUAUUUUCUCUGCUUGGCAAGGCAGCUCGUGAUAUACUGGAUGCAAUCAGCUACUAUUUGAACUUGCGUAGUUCUCCAUUUACUGAAGUACUUGAUAACAUUCCCUUAAGAAGUCGGGAGAUAUCAUCUUCAGUAUUGUCUGUUUGCUGUCAUGCAAGGCCAUCAUUGCAGGGAGCACAACACCAUAGUUUAACAACUCAAGAGGAUGGGCAGUUAGUUAUAUUUCCUGAUCAUGACCAUAAUGUUGACAAAAGCCUUGUCUCUAUUGUUAAAUCAGAUAAGGCAGGUUUACAUGUAAGAGACUUUAAUGGUCGGUGGGUUCUUGUGGAUGGGGAUCUUGGUCCUCAAGAAGCUGUUGUUUACCCUGGACUUGCACUCUAUCAAGCAACUGCUGGCUAUAUAAAUCCGGCACUGCACAGAACAGGGAUCACUAAUAUGCAGGGUAACAUGUAUGGACGAUUUUCAGUGGCAUUCAAACUCAUGCCUAAAUCAAUGAGCAGUCUCAGUUGUUCCGAGAUGAGAGCAGCUGGUCACGGUGUUGAAGCUCAGUUCCAGCUUCCCAUACCAGUCGAUGACUUCAUGCAGAGAUCUCAUCCAACAGAUCAACUUUUUAACAGGCAAAGUUUCCAGAGUUUCAGUUUCCCUAUGGCCCAAGAUGGGUCUAUGAAACCAUUGAUGAGGAGGAGGAAGAAUAAUUCAAGAUGCAAACCUCUGCCACCUUCCAAGAGGUUACGGCUGGAGGCCCAGAGAGUUUUGAAGGAGAGAGUUCAGGACAUUGCAGAUAAGAAGGGCAUCAAGCUCAGGUUCUGUAACCUCAGGGAGUGUGAGAGCCAUGUUCAUGCUCUUGAUAGCCCAUGUGCCAAUAUGAGAAUGGAGAUCGAGUGGCCGGCUGGAGUGCCAUUUGUUCAUCCCCAUGAUCUACCAAAUAAGGCAAAGAUUAGUUUUCUUGAAGCUUAUGAACCUGGUUGGACAGCAACUCAAGAUAUGGAGUUGAGUUCAUCUGAACCUGGGCAGGCCAGUCAACACUCAGCUAACUGUAAUUGAAUGGAUGUCCAUAAUUACUGAUACUUAGCCACCUGUGAUCAGCUUGUGACUACUUGGCUUGCUGUAAAUUAUCUUAACUGAUUACAGUUUCUGUCAUUUAGCCAUUGCAAUACUUGGGAUUAAUUGCCUCUCUUGGGUAUAGCACUGCUCCAUUUCCCCGUUUCUUCAUUUCAUGUAACAGUCAUCAGACAUGUUGUAAUUGUAAACCAGCAUAGAUUGUAAAUAGAAUAGUUUCUGGGAAAUCCUUUUUGUUUCCUUGUCUGUCUUCUCUUCUGAAGUAUUGCUCUGAGAGAACCAUAUUUAUCAGCGAAGAAGUUUAGUAAUAAUAGGAAAUUUGUGGAUUUAAUGGUAGGAGGCAUGGUUGUUACCUUAAAUUUAGCACCCAUAUUGUAGUUGUGGGUUUAUCCAACACAUGUAUGAGCAAAAACAUCUCUUUAAUCAUGUAUGUGGAUUAUUAACACCA